GGACGAGUUUAAAAUGGAUAACCGCAAGAAACGCGCGGAAAAGCUGCGGGUUAAAAAACAGCUAAAGUCUCUGGAAGUGGAAGCUGCUAAAUGUUCAAACCUGACAGACCUGUUUGGGGUCACCACGCGGCGGGAGAGAGCUGCUGGAGGCAUUCACGGUCGACCACUCGACAUGUGAGAGCCUGAGGAGUUGUUCCCCGUCUGUCCAUGUCCGAGGACUUGCUCUCUUACUGCCUCCACUUCACCACCUUUCUGCUACUGAGACGUCUCUGAUUUGUUGGAACAGACACUCCUCCCUUCAUGAUCACUGAUCAGUAAACAGAACAGAGGAAGCAGCUCGGUCUUUUCACGACACGUCUUCGUCAAAACAAGAUGAAAAAAUUAUUUUUGUUGCUUCUCUUCUGUCAAGUUUCAUCAUCAGUGAAACACUCCCUGAAGUUUUUCACAACUGCAUCAUCUGGAGUCACAAACUUCCCAGAGUUUGUGGGAACUGCAGUCUUUAAUGACAUUCUGUUAGGUUACUGUGACAGCAACACAAAGAAACUAGAACUAAAAUAUGACUGGACAAAAAAAAUAUCAGAAGAGGAUCCUCAGCAGUUGGAGUACUACAAUAUACAGUGUUUUCAGAGAGGGCCAAACUUCUUCAAAGCCACGAUUUCUCAUUUGAAGCAGCGCUUCAACCAAAGUGGAGGUGUCCACAUUUUACAGAGGGUGGGUGGUUGUGAGUGGGAUGAUGAGACUGGAGAGGUUCAUGGUUUUAAUCAAUACGGUUAUGAUGGAGAAGACUUCCUAUCAUUGGACCUGAAGACAUUGACAUGGAUCGGUCCUAAACCACAGGCUGUCAUCACCAAACAGAAAUGGGAUGCUGACAAAGCUAGAAUAGAACACAAUGUUAAUUACCUCACACAGAUUUAUCCUGAGUGGCUGAAGAUGUAUUUGGUCUAUGGCAACAGCUCUCUGCAGAGAACAGAGCUUCCCUCAGUGUCUCUCCUCCAGAAGACUCCCUCCUCUCCAGUCACCUGCCAUGCUACAGGUUUCUACCCUGACAGAGCCAUGAUGUUCUGGAGGAAAGAUGGAGAGGAGUUUCAUGAGGACGUGGACCACGGAGAGAUCCUCCCCAACCAUGAUGGAACCUUCCAGAUGAGCGUCGACCUGAACCUUUCAUCAGUCACACCUGAAGACUGGAGGAGGUACGACUGUGUGUUUAAUCUCUCUGGUGUAAAGGACAACAUCGUCACCAGACUGGACAAAGCAGAGAUCAGGACCAACUGGGCAGAGGAGCCGAGUCACAUGACCGUCCCCAUCACUGCUGCAGUGCUUGUUCUUGCUGUCGUCCUCAUCGCUGUCAUCACUGGAUUCAUCAUUUGCAAGAAGAAGAAAGGUGAGAGAGAAAAAUGGAAAGUAGGCCUACUUUGAAUUUAGUUCUUGAGU